AUCAUGUUUAAGUCUGAACUCCCUCCGUCUUAUGAAGAGUCCCAACAUCAGGGGGGCAGUUCUCCUCCCCCCCCUCACACCUACACCACACAUGAGAUGCCUGGAGAUGAAGCAGGAGCAGGAGCUGAAGCAGGAGCAGGAGCAGGAGCAGGAGCUGAAGCAGGAGCAGGAGUUCCACCCCCAGGAAUGUCCACUGUUAUACUUCCCACCUACACGUCUUCAGGUGACCCCAGCGAAUUGUGGGAAAAUAAAAUUAUUCGCCAUGCGUUCAUCAGAAAGGUUUUUCUGAUUCUGGCGUUGCAGCUGUUAGUGACAACCUCAAUCGUAGCGGUGUUCACGUUCGUUGAUCCAGUGCGUCUCUUCAUAAUCCAGAAUCCUGUGAUUUACGGGUUGUCUCUCUGUGUUCUUUUCACAAUUUAUGGGUUGGCGUUCAUUGAAGAAAUAAGGAGACGAUUUCCUGUGAACCUGGUUUACCUGUUCAUAUUUACUCUCGCCAUGUCCUUUACGGCUGGAUUAAUGUCAAGUUAUUAUGAGACGAACCUUGUGGUUUAUUAUCUGGGAAUGAUGUUGGUGGUGUGUGUGACCAUUCUAGUGUUCAGUUUCCAGACCAAGGUGGACUUCCCCUCCUGGCCUGGUCUUAUGUGUGUCCUGUUCAUUGUGCUUGUAAUAAUAGGCAUCAUCACAGCCAUCGUCCUCUUACUUCACCCUGGGCAGGGCCACAUCCUGUACUCGUUUGUCUGGACCUACUUUUACACUGGGUUCCAGGUAUACAAAACUUACUUGCUGUUGUGGAAGCGAUCUCAUAACCUGAAUCCGGAUGAGUAUGUGUUUGGAGCUCUGUAUUUCUGUACAGACAUCAAUAUUAUCUUCGCCUUGCUGCUGCAGAUCACCAUCCUCAGCUCCACCUGAACACACACACACACACACACACACACACACACACACACACACACACACACACACACACACACACACACUCACCCACCCAACAACAUCGCAGUUGAUCCACAUCCGAUCUGUGGAGAUCACGACCCACAGUUCGGCACGUAUGUGACCCUUGGAUGAAUUGCUUGUUUUUUUAACGAGCUGAUAAAUCUUAUUUUUUA